CCUUGAAACUCUAUUCACCCCGUUUUACCGUACCUUAACAUACUUCGAAGUGAAAUGAAACGCAUUUAUCAGUUCUGCAGCUGUGACAUCAACAGCUGAUAUAAUUAUGUUUAAAAAUGUCAAAAAAAGACUACAGUAAAUGAUGCAAAUUGUAAACUAAAGUCCAAAGUACAGCAGUGUCGAUAACCGGUUUUAAGUAAUAUAAUUAGUCAAUGAACAUAUGAAGUCAGUCAGUAUACUGUAUAAACUCAACAUGUCUCUGGCCCCUAAAGUCCUUCUAUCCAGUGCAUCGCGUCAAAAGUGUAUAGCUAAUCUGAACGAAUUGCCAUCGUUAACUAAGAAUAUUGCAAAAAAACAUGCGUCUGUAUUAGUUCCUUUGUGUGUGGAGAAUGAUGAAGUAUGCUUGUUAUAUACCUUGAGGUCUUCUAAUUUAAGCAGCCAUAGUGGCCAAGUGUCGUUCCCUGGAGGAAAAAUGGACAGAGAUGAAACCGUGAUCGAAACCGCGCUCCGUGAGACAGAAGAAGAGAUUGGUGUUGGUGCAGAAAAUAUAGAAAUAUGGUCAAAAAUGUGUAAAGUUGAUGGUCGCUCCUCACAAAUUGUGAUAACACCUGUUGUUGGUCUUUUAAAAGACUUUGAUAUGAAGAAGUUACAACCCAGUGAAGAUGAGGUAGCCGAGAUAUUUACUGUUCCAAUGAAGGUCCUUUGUGACAAGAAUAAUCAUGGCUGUUUUAUGUAUGACAACAUUACUAUACCUGUAUACAAUGGUGGCAAACACAUAGUAUGGGGCAUUACAGGAAUCAUUACGCAUCUGUUUCUUCAAUCAUUUCUACCUAAUGAAGUUUAUUCACCAAAUUUUACAAGACAAGAGUAUAAGCUAAAUGAAUUGAUGCCUGCCAAGCUUUAGACAUAAUUGAAAAUCACUUUAAGGUUAACAUGGUUUAGCGUGUGUAAAGAAAACUGAGCAGCAACCUUUGAACUCUGCCAUGCUACAUGAACUUCUCAUAAAUCUUUUUAUUUUGAUGAAUGACUGUAAGUAGAGAAAAAUAAUUAAUUAAAAAAAUUGUUUAGCCCAGAAUUUUAUUUUUUGAUGUAAUUAGGCAUUAUUAAGAAAUGGGAUACAAAUAAACAAAAACAUUUCAUUUUAAAUUUCUGUUGACAAGUUUUCUGGCAUAUUAAGCUUUUGGUAUGUUGCUGCUUAUAAACCAACAUCCUUGGGUUUAAUUAGAUUUAACUGGGUUUUCCAUGAUUUGAAAUAUCCAGAUGAAGAUAUAUCGAUAGAAGAUGUAAGCUGUUAAUUCUGCAUGUUUUCCAACCCUAAUAAAAUAAAAUAACAAUGAAAUGUUUUCUCAACACUGGCAUGCUCGCAGUUUUUAAUUCUUGAAAAUAUAGUCUGUUUAAAUGUAAAUUAAUGUAGAUCUUAGAAAAUGUUUUUGAGUGACACUCAUGAUCACUCUAAUGGCUAUCCAGAAAAGUUUUGACAACUGGCUUAAAAUAUAUCCAUGCAAGAAAAGAGGCCCAAAGGCUGUCUGGAUAUGCUAAAACAACUCUUCAAGAUACAAGUGUAGUAAAAUUUAUGUUUUCAAAGUUAGCCACUACACUAUUAAGUUUUGUCAAUAAUAUUUUUGAGACUAAAAAAAAAAAUAUGGAUGAAAAUUGAAAACAAAUGGUUAUUUACGUGUGAUCUUGUUAGUACACAAAUAAAAAAAAUACUGCAUCCAGUUGGAAUAAAACUACAGUGAUUUGUUAAUGAGAAUAGGCAGCUAAAGCAGUAAUAAUUAACAGAGUUCAUAUGGCAUGACAAGUGUUGACCAGUAUAAUAAUAAUAGUUCAAUUAAUUUCAGGCAAAUAUUUAUUUUAACAACUUGCACACAUGCUUAGGCACACUGCAAGUAUAAAAGUAAUUCUUAAGUAUUAGUUACACUGAUGUAAUUUGUAUUUGUAUUUUUAUAAUUCGUUAGCUUAUUCAUAUAAAAUGUGACAGGAGAAACAUAAGUUAGAACUUAGUUGACAACAUUUCAUUAGAUAAUAGUUUUGUUAAUACUUAAAUUUUUGAUGUUUUGUUUUUGAGGUAAUAGAAUUGGUGUUUAGAUUAAAUAAGUAAAAUUGCGCAUCAUCCGGCCUAGGCUGUAGUUUUGUUAUUUCAAUUUUAAGGACGUAAUUACGUAAAAUCAUCAAAAAUUGCUGCUUUAUAUUUAUUUUUGCUAAAAAUAUUAUGAAAAGAAUAUCAUAUCAUUUUAUUUAUAUUAAGAUAGGAAAAAACGAAGUACAUAAGAAUAUAGAGUUCAAGAUUCUUGUAUGUACAAUGGCUCAUUGCAAAUGUUGAAUGUAUGUAAUAUUAUAUUCAAAGAGUAAUUUGUGGUCCAGUCAAGCUAAAGCGAGUGCUUAGGCUUAAAAAAAGUCUCAAAACUUACCUAUGUACAAAAGCAUUGAAAUCUAUUUUUACAAUUGAAUCCAUGGUAAUAUGAAAUUGAAAAUAGUGUGUGUUAAAAUACAAUAAUUUAUAUUUUAUUUGCAUCAAAAGACAUGAAAUUAACUGUGAAUAUAAUAAAAUUACACUACUUAAAUGUAAAUAGUUUAUUUUUGUAAGGAUGGGCGAGGCUGAUUGAAUGGCACUAGUCUUAGCUAUAAAAUAGCUCAAUUUUUUAUUCUAUUAUUUCCUCUACGUAGUUCUUGCAAUAAUAGGCAUCUGGUGCAAUUAAUUUUAACCCUUAUCUUCUAAACUUUUGGGUAUAGUUUCUAAUAAAUUGUUAUUUUAAUUUUAGGUGACUUGGAUCUCAGAAGUGUAAACAACUUUAUCAUUUUUUUUCUUAAUAGUAUCAAUAUAAAACAAUUUUCAAAAUAAGCUUGUAUACCGGUACAUAAAAUACAUCCUGUGAUAGUUAGCAAAUAUAUUUUGUAAUAAAUUAUAAACAUAUCA